AAUUUCUUCCUUCUUUCCUUGCUCCCAAUUAAACAAAGAAACACAGCAGAUUCCCAAUCAUCCCCUCCACUCUCUAGGAAACACUCAUAAUUGCACCCAACAAUCCUUUUCAAUUCACCUCCAUUUUUUUCUUCUUUCUUCAAUUCUUCCAUUUCCAAUAUAAAUAUUUCUCAAUCUCCAUCACCUUUUCCCUCCCACCAUCUAUUUCUAUUUCCCCUUUUUUUUUUUUUCUCUCUUUUCAUCAUCAUGGAUCCUUCUUCUUCAUGCACUUCCACCACUACUUCUUCCGUUAAUGGCUUCUAUGCCCUGCUCAACCAAGGCCUUGACGAUCUCCAUCGCUGUUUCCUUUCCCAUAACAACUUCAUGUCCAUCCAAUUCCUCCAUAAAGUCUUGUCCUCUCUUCGAUACUUCCACUCUCAACUCACCAUUUUGGUUCAGAAACUUCACCUCCCCGUCGGCGAUAAAUGGCUCGAUGAAUACAUGGAUGAAAGCUCCAGGCUUUGGGACGCCUGUCACCUCCUCAAAACUGGAGUUUCAGCCAUGGAAAACUUUUAUUCAACUGGUGCAAAUAUCGCUUCUUCUCUAGACGCUAACCGCCAUUUCAACCCCCAGGUCUCCCGCCAGGCUAUUCGAGCGAUUAUGGGGUGUCAAAGGGAAGCAAUAGGAUUGGAAGAAGAGAACAAGAGUUUGAUAGAGACAAGAGUGGCACCACUAUCACUAAGGCUUGAUAGGAGCACACUGGUAGAAUCAAAAUUGAAUGCCUUCAAUGGAUUUAGAGGAGUUCUUUAUGCAAUGAGAAAUGUGAGCAGUUUAUUGCUCAUGAUUUUACUAAGUGGGUUGGUUUUUUACUGGCCAAAUUCAAGUUUUUCCCAGGAAGGCUACGAGGGCCAGAUAAUUUUCGGCUCAGAGUUCAUGGUUUCAUUAGCGAGGUUGCAGCAAAGAAUGGCAAAUGAAAUGGAACAAAGAGGAGGGCAGGCAGGAGUGAUGCUGUUCGAGUUCAGGAAAGCCAAAAUCGCCAUGGAAGAAAUCAAACAAGACUUGGAGAAGAUUAUAGAGUUUCAAGAAUCAUCAUCACAAGCUGAGAUUCAAGAGAAAGUUGAGUGUCUGAAGAGCUGUUUUGGGAUACUGAGAUGUGGGGUGGAGAGUAUAAUUGGGCAAAUUGAUGAUCUAUUUGAUGAAAUAGUUGAGGGAAGGAAGAAACUUUUGGACAUGUGCACACAAAGAUAAAAAGAUUUUAAAAUUAGAAAAAAAAAAAAAAAGGUAACAGAAAUGUGCAGGAGUAAUAUAGGUUAGAAAAGGCUGGAAAAGAAGCAAGAGAAUCAAAGUUUUAAUUAUAACUUUAUUUUAUUUUA